UCUCCUGGUGAACUGACGGGACACCAAACCGUGCUCGUCUUGUUUGUCUUCAUGCUUGGCUGUGACGACGAGGUGGUUUUAGCGAGAUCUGUCGACGAAGCUGUUCGUCAAAAUUCUGAUUCGACGUAUCUUUAGAAUCGGUGCAGGAUUUUGCAUCCUCCAAAUCGACAGAGUGGGAUGAUUCAUCUGUUUUUUAAAAGCAGCGGUUUCGCCAUACUCCGUUUUAACCAAUCAGUAAAACGUUGAAGAUGUCUAGACUCUGACUCGACGAUUCUAGCAAUCUCUAGCAGUUCAAGCAGUUUCUAGAUCUUUCUAGAUCAAAAGCACGAAAGACGAUGGACUUUAGAUUUUGACAGUUUAUUUUUAUAUUUGCUACAAUAACAUAUAAAAUACUUACAAAAUGACAACUAACAAAAAGUGGCCCAACCGUAAAUUAAAAUGUGCGAGUCAAGCGGAAAUAUUGCGAUCUCAUCAACGAGAUGAUGAUUUUGUGAAACAACUGAGGGAGAAACUGACUGAGAUAUUGCAAAAUUUUGGAAUACACAGAACGUUGUUUCAAUCCGACAUUCCGCUUAAAUUAUUGUACUUUAUUUUUACAUCAGGCAUGGGUAAUCAGACAUUAGGCGAGGAGUAUACUGGUAUAGUACAAGCCAAUCUAGAAGCACGCAAAGUUCCAACACUAACUGUAAGAGUGUUAGCUGCAAUUUUGGAAUGCUUUGGAGAGAAAAUGCUGCUGAAAUUACUGGGACGUUUGCAAGUACAUGUGAAUCAUCCGCAUAGCGAGUUGACACCAAGAGCAACCGUGUUCUUGAAUAUUCUCUUGUCCAAGCUGCGAACAAUGAUACCUAUAAUUGUACUAUUUCACAAAGGAAUAUUUUACAUAUAUGGUAGAUACUAUAGUCUAGGUAAAAGAAUUGCUGGAUUAGAUUAUGCAAAGGUUUAUGGUCGUCGACCAGUGGAUACUAUCAGCUGGGGAUUGAGGUUACUGGGAGUUGCUACAUUAGUACAAUGUCUACUAAGAACUUGGCAGAGUAGUCAGAUGCAAGAUGAUACUAUUACAGAUGUAACUAAUGGAAAAUAUAUCAGUCACAACUGUCGAUUGUGCCUCGAAGCACCAGCAACAACUGCAACGUUAUGUGGUCAUUUGUUUUGCUGGAAUUGUCUUAGUGAGUGGUUACGCGUUAAGCCGCAAUGUCCGUUUUGUAGGGAAUAUGUGCCACCAUCAAGAAUUAUACAUGUGAUGAAUCUAUAACUUUUUGUGAUAAUGUGAUUUAUAUUCCUUGAAUGUAUAUACAAUGUAAAAACUUUGUAUCAUGUUGUUAUAAAUAAUUAAGUAUAUUUUUAAUAUAAACAAAUCAUAAUUU